ACGGCACCACAUUACCUAAAGUAGAAGGAGUGUGGCUUGCCAGCACAGUGAGCCACACGUUUGCUUGUCAUUUUAAUGCGUUUAGAACAGUCGUUCUUCAAGCGUUUCACAACAUAAGAUGUCUUCACUCCUCAAAGUGGACAAUGAAAUUAAAACGAAGGUUGAUGCAUUUCGGGAACGUAUCACUGCAGAGGCAGAGGACCUAGUCGCAAAUUUUUUCCCAAAGAAAUUACUGGAACUAGAUCACUUUUUGAAGGAUCCGAUCAUUAACAUCAGUGAACUGAAGGAAAUCCACUCAGAAAUAAACCUGACCGUGCCAGACCCAAUCCUGCUGUCAAACCUCCACGAUGGUCUGGAAGCGCAAAAUGCCAAAAAGAGAAAGUUGGAGGACGGACCUGGGGAUGACAAGGUGACAGGCACCAAGAUCUUCGUCAUGCCAGGAGGGAUGAUGAAGAGCAAUGAGAAUCUUGUUGACCUGAUUGAAAAGGUCAAACCAGAGAUCAGGACGCUCAUAGAGAAAUGUAACACAGUGAAAAUGUGGGUCCAACUGCUGAUUCCCAGGAUAGAAGACGGCAACAACUUUGGUGUGUCAAUUCAGGAGGAGACAGUCGCGGAGCUGAGGACAGUGGAAGGAGAGGCGGCGUCCUACCUUGACCAGAUAUCUAGAUACUACAUCACUAGGGCAAAGCUGGUUUCUAAAAUAGCCAAAUAUCCUCAUGUGGAGGACUAUCGGCGCACUGUGACGGAGAUCGACGAGAAGGAAUACAUCAGUCUGAAGAUCAUUGUUUCAGAGCUCAGAAAUCAAUACGUAACGUUACACGACAUGAUCCUGAAGAACAUCGAGAAGAUCAAAAGGCCUCGGAGCAGUAACGCUGACGCCUUGUACUGAACUUCAGUUGGCCUUCGUACACCUCAUCAUCGCCCUCCAGGAUGGCUCCACGGACACACUUCAGUACAAUCACCAUCAUAGACGGACACAUUAUUUUCAUUUUAAUUGUAAACUAUGUUGUUUUAAACCCUCUAGACAAAAAAAAACUGUCAGCGGGGGUAUCCACAGGAAAAUUCAUGAAUGACAGUGUAUUGUAUUUUUUAAUUUUAAUUAAACAUUCUGUCCUCAAAUCUCACCU